AUGUCUUGUCCAGACUGUUUCAGAGGAACCAUCCACGAAGGAACGCCAAAAGGCAAAGAGGAAACAAUUCACAAUGUCCUCACAUAUGUCGCCACCCCCGAGACAGGGACCGCAUCAAAUUCGAAAAUCAUCUUCAUCACGGAUGUCUUUGGCUUCAACCUUGUAAACAACAAGUUGCUAGCAGACAAAUAUGCUGCUGCUACCGGAUGCGAAGUCCUCGUGCCCAGCGUCAUUCCAGGAGGUGGAGCACCCCUUUCUGCGAUAGAACUGUUUGACUCCCUAUCGACCCCAGUUGGCCUGUUGGACUUGCCAGGGCAGACAAAGAGAGCUGGGGCUGCCGUUCGAGCAGCAAAGAUUUUCGCCCCAUUCGCAGUCCGUACGCGAAAUGCGUAUCCCAAACUGCUCACCUUCUCUCGCGAUGUCAAAGCUUCCUUGCCGCCCGGCGCCAAGCUGGCUGUCGCUGGAUUCUGCUGGGGUGGGAUGCACUCGACCAAACUCACUGCAGAGCCAGCUGAACAGGGCGGAAACGUAUCUCUAUUCGAUGCCCACUUUGUGGCUCACCCUGCUGGUCUCAAAGCACCCGAUGACUUUUCAGCCGCUGCCAACAAGUUCAAAGUCCCCAUUAGCUUCGCGGUUGGAGAUCUUGACAUGGUACUAUCCAAGGAUAAGGUUGAAGCUAUUGAGUCAAGUUUAAAGGAGUCUUUUGGAGAGAAGUCGGGUGACUUUGAAGUGAAGACUUAUAGUAGCUGCAAGCAUGGGUUCGCUGUUCGAGCCGAUCCGAAGAGGGAGGUUGAAGACGAGGCUGCUAUGCAAGCAGCGGCACAGGCUAGUAAUUGGUUCAAGAAAUAUCUGUUGUGA